AUGUCCGAAACGUCAUCUUCUGUACAAGUCUUAAAACCGACUUCUGCUCUUAAAGAACUAAACUGUAAUACAAUGUCCACACCUGUGGGAAUAUUGCGUAAUACUAAUCACGCGCAACAGAAAAAACCCUUGGAAGUUGUGGCAGGCCCUCUUUCCGACACCUCCGAAUCUGAAAUUGAAGGUGCAAAUCAAGUUGACAAUGGUCCAGGAUAUGAAACCGAACCUGAAGGGGUCUUGAACCCCGAGGAGGCCAGAGAAACUUUGCACCAUGAAAAUAUAAUAAAAGCCGGAUACCUCGAAAAGAAACAGGAGAUACGAAAUAAUUGGAAACGGAGGUGGUUUGUGUUGAGACCAACAAAGUUAGCGUAUUACAAAAGUGAUAAGGAAUACGAACUUCUUCGGAUCUUAGAUUUGAAUGACAUCCGAGCUGUCGCUGAAGUAAAGCUAAAAAACAGAACGGAUGUGUUUGGCAUUGUAACACCCAAACGUACAUAUUAUGUUCAGGCUGUUAAUAAAAAAGAGCUGGAGGAAUGGGUGGAUGUUAUAAAUAAGGUCAAAAAGGAAGUCCAAGAUGAUGAAUUUCUUGAUAAGGAUGAUGAGGGAAUUCAGGCCGACAGCGAGAUUGCGACUUCAAAGAAAGGAAAAUCACAAGCAAGGAAUUCGCGUUCCCUGAAACUCGAGACACAGUUAUCACCUGGUCAGAUGUCACCAGAAGUCGAGUCCCCGACUAUUGAUCAUCAGGCAUCACAAUUUCAAUCGACAGAAAAAGGCGAAGGGGAUAAUUCUCAUGUAUCUUUAUCUCGCGUCUCUGCGGGUUCCAUUCACAAUGGUCCAUCAUCGCCUACAAGUCCAAUGGCAGGUCAAUUCGUCCCAGAAAGGAAGGAUACUUGGAAAAAAAGAUGGUUUGUGCUGAAGAAUACCAAAUUAUGUUAUUACAAGGAUCAUGAGGGAAAACGUGCUCACAAGAACAUUAAUCUUUCGGAUAUCCUCGAUGCCAUUGAAAUCGAUGACGUAUCCAAAUCAAAGAAACAUUGUUUCAAAAUCAUCACUCCUAAACGGAAUUACAUUUGUUGUGCCGCAAGUGAAGAAUUACAGGUUGCGUGGUUGGCUUCUUUGCAAAUGGCUCUGGAGAAGAUAAAGGAGAAACACAAAGAAUAG